UGGAAAUCACAGGCAAUCAUAACAGUUCCCGUUUGGCUUUCCUGGACUUGACAGCUGUCACUGUACGCCGAGGUCAAGGGGAAAGAAGCAUGGCUGCGUUGUUUAGAGGGUCGAGAAAUGUUUUGCUAAGGUGGAACAAGCAUGUCGACCUCGCCUUCGUGUCGUCACGAUCAAUGGCUUCAAAAACCCCUGUGGGGUUUGUUGGUCUGGGAAAUAUGGGCACUCCCAUGGCCAAAAACCUGUUAAAGAACGGAUAUCCUGUUAUCGCCACUGACGUCUUUCCUGGAUCUUGCAAGGAGCUGCAGGACGUUGGUGCCCAGGUAGUAGACUCUCCAGCAGAGGUGGCAGAGAAGGCAGACCGCAUCAUCACAAUGCUUCCCUCCAGUCCCAACGUCAUAGAAGUCUACACAGGCCCUAAUGGCAUCCUCAAGAAGGUGAAGAAGGGAACGCUGUUGAUUGACUCCUCUACCAUCGACCCUUCGGUCUCAAAAGAGAUGGCCCUCGCGGCGGAGAAGAUGGGGGCCGUGUUCAUGGAUGCUCCAGUGUCAGGAGGUGUCGGAGCUGCCAGCAUGGCCAAACUGACGUUCAUGGUAGGUGGAGUGGAGGAGGAAUACAACGCUGCACAGGAGCUGCUCACCUGCAUGGGAGCCAAUGUCGUGUACUGUGGACAGGUCGGCACUGGACAGGCAGCUAAGAUCUGCAACAACAUGCUCCUGGCCAUUGGGAUGAUUGGGACUGCAGAGACCAUGAACCUCGGCAUCAGACUGGGUUUAGACCCCAAGCUAUUGGCAAAGAUCCUCAACAUGUCCUCAGGUCGUUGCUGGUCCAGCGACACGUACAACCCGGUUCCCGGUGUCAUGGAGGGAGUCCCCUCAGCCAACAACUACCAGGGCGGAUUUGGAACCACGCUAAUGGCCAAGGAUCUGGGUUUGGCUCAAAACACUGCCACCAACACUAAGACACCCAUCCCUCUGGGCUCCCUCGCCCACCAGAUCUUUCGAGUCAUGUGCUCCCGUGGCUACGCUAACAAGGACUUCUCAUCUGUCUUCCAAUUCCUACGUGAGGAGGAAGGCCAGUGAACGGAGGGGGAUGUUACCACACACACACACACACACACACACACACACACACACAUACAUACAUACAUAUACGCACCACCACCACACACCCCAGUGCCCCUUAUCCCACUAUGCUCAGGAGAGACUAAGGCCUUGCCCUCAGGCACAGAUCUGUGAUCCAAUUAACAUACUGUAUGUCGACGCAUGUCCCCUCGUUGCAUUAGCCGAAUCAUAUUUUCAGUUCACAGCUCUCCCUCUGCGUGGGGGAAAUGCUAAAACUGACCUUAGAUCAGUAUCUAGAGACAAAGCAACUCUCUUCGCAGUCUGAGAGGCCAGAGUGUAAAAUAAGAAGCAGGAUGAGGCACUGCAGGUUCACAUGUAACGAUGCAAAUAACAUGGGUGUUUUUCAAGGAUGAUUGAUGACUAUUAAGUGCAUGAUUGUUCAGAGUUUUGCUUUUGCCUGGUACCCAAACGGCUCAGACCUGCCCUUUUCAAAUGAAAGAGGACAAGAAAAGAAAAACAAGCCACAGUAAGGACUCACAUAUUGAUGGAAAUGUCAUUGAAGAGACAGUGCAAGAGAGUGCAGAGUUAGAUUUCCCUUUCUCCAACAGAACAAAAUCCCAUAUUCACAGCACUACACAAAAUGCUGCUUUUCCACUGCAGGUUACGGCCCGACUCACCUGUACCAGGUACUUCUGUCUUGCUCUUUUACUACCUUCCUACCUGAUCGUCACAGCGGAGUUGCGACCCCCUUCACUUUCCCAACAUUUAGAAAACAGCUCACAGGAACUUUGCUAUGGUCCUGAGAAGCCUUUAUUCACCUGCACUGUACAUUUACUGCUGAACUAACAACCUCACUGUUAAUCUGCUAAUCUGCCGACACUGACCGUCACUCUCUGCCGUUCGCUCUCUCACUCAGCACACACACACAACCUACAUUACUCUGAUAAUGUUUAAUGUCACCUUUUAGUAUUGGGUUAGCUAAUUAGAAACCACAACUGAGGCGAUACAAGAUAUGAGAUAUGAGUCGAGUCGUGCCGCUGCCUGCAGCGAAUAAACAGCUCAAGGAAACCAAAACAGGCCGCGGUGUCGGCUCAAAGUUUGCUUGUUUUGUUACAUUUGUCAGUAUUUGGCAGGAAGCUGUUCAUCCUGCCAGCAUACAUAUUUUUAUUUGUUGAUUUUCAGUCAUUCACUUUGUUGUUUACCUCUUGAAUACACCUCAGUUACAAUAGUUUCAGUCUUUUGGUACAUUUAAGUCGCCACUGAAUCACUGAAUCGACCAGUUCUGCUUCGGUUUAAAUACUGUGAUAUACUAUAUCCUGUUAUUUUUGCACUGUGUGCAUCGCAGAGCGAUGUGCCGGGCCAUUUUGAUACAGUUACAGAAUAUCUUUACACUUACCUCUCUUCUCUACAGUCCUCAUCUGCUUAUCGAGCCACUGGAGUAUUAUUUUGUGACCAACACUGUUUAAAGUUUAUACUGUUCACUACAGAAUGUUGUUCUCGCUGUCAAGCACUUUCUCUUGGCCGUUUUUACUUUAUCAGCAUGUCCACAGAUAUUUCUCCUCUCUCGCUCUCUCUCUCUUUCUUUCUCUCUCUCCCAGCUUGCAAGACAUCUGUGUAAAGUGUACGUGAGGAAUGGUUCCUCCCUGCUCUGAGCAAAUGUACAUAUUGUAUAUUUCAUAUUGUUGUGUAGUAUUGAAGAGGAAUAUAAAUGGACUGUCACUUUUUUUUCUAGUAAAAUUCAUUAAUAGUGUCUACAGUUUGUCGUUGCUCUGUGAAGCAGAUCCUCAGUCACGCUGUAGCCUAAAAUAAAAGAUGUUCUGUGUA